AUGUCGCUUUUCAACUUCUUCAACAACGACCCCUUCUCCGAGUUCGACCGCCUCUUCGACGAUGCCUUCGCCCGUCGCACCAACGGCACCGGCGCGAACCCGGGCCAAGCUGUCCAACGUCAGCAGGACAGCCAGAACCAGGCCCCGCCCGUCCUCCGCCCAAGGGUUGACAUUCACGAGGACAAGGAGAAGAACCUCGUCACCGCGACGUUCGAGCUCCCGGGCAUCUACAAGCAGGACGUGAGCAUCGACGUCCACAAUAACCGCCUCACCAUCUCGGGCGAGUCGAGGUUCGAGAACGAGGAUCGCAAGGAGAACGGGUACGUCCUCCGCGAGCGCCGCUUUGGCCGCUUCUCGCGCUCGCUGCCCGUCCCUCAGGGCAUCAAGCCCGAGGAUAUCAAGGCCUCGAUGGAGAACGGUGUCUUGACGGUUACCUUCCCGCGCCAGACCGCCGAGCAGCUUCCUAAGCGGAUCACCAUCUCGUGA